AUGGCUCAACCCAUUCGUCGCGCCAACAGUGGGACUUUCGUCGGCGCACCUUCGUUCUUAGCAUCGAUGAGGUGUGCUUCCUUCAAAGUCGACGAAGGAUAUUCAGAGGAUACACGCAGCCAGAGCGAGAACGACAUUCUUAUGCGUUCCGACUCAAGACUGGAGGAAAUGACAGAGGCUGACGGCCAAGUUCUUCCAGAUUGGCUUCUUAGCAUGAAUGAGGCUGACCGGAGUGAAUUCACGUAUAUGAUUCUACGAACUCUACGAACCUCUUCGAUUGCUUCGAUUGUGGACCGACUCAAUCCGCUCCUACAUCUUGAUCCUGUCCUGCAUCUUCCCCCCGAAGUCACCUCCAUCAUAUUCUCCUACCUUACUCCAGACACCCUGUUGAAGACCUCUGCGCUCUCCAAGUCGUGGCGAGGUCGUGCCCUGGACAGUCAAUUGUGGAGAUUGCUAUUCAGGUUGGAAGGAUGGACUGCCGAUCCAGCAAAAAUGCGAGCAUUCGAGGAUGAGGAACGGCUACGUCGCUCCGGGCUGCGAGAUCGGAAGAGCCGCGUCAGAUUCGCAGACAGAGGAACCGAGAGGUUCAGAAGCAAGAAACGUGCGUACGACAGCGGCAAAUCCCGCGACGGCCCAACACCAAUGACGGUGGAAGAACCUGACAUUACAAUGGGCUGGGCCGAACAGCAUGGCAAGGUAGAAGCCGAUGAGAGCCUCAACAACAGUCCUGACCGCAUGCAGGACGUCUCGUUCGAGAGCGACCAUAUUCCUAUGCCGGCUGCUUCGACGCCUCUGGAGCCACCUGUGAAGCCCUCGUUACUACUAGAUGAUUCCAGUGACAAUCCAAGGAUCAACUGGCAUUAUCUCUACAAACAGAAGAGACGACUCGAAGACAAUUGGAAUGCAGGUCGAUUUAAGAAUUUCCAAUUUCCGAACCCUGAUUAUCCGCAAGAGGCACAUACUGAAUGCGUCUACACGAUCCAGUAUUCCGGCAAGCAUCUGGUCAGCGGUAGCAGAGACAAAUCUGUGCGGAUUUGGAACAUGGAAACACAACGCCUUACACGACCGCCACUUUUAGGGCAUAGUGCCUCUGUGCUAUGCUUGCAGUUCGACGACAGUCCACAAGAAGAUGUGGUCAUUUCCGGAGGAAGCGACUGCCACAUCAUCGUCUGGCGGUUUUCUACAGGAAAGCUCCUCAAGAAGCUCUCACGCGCCCAUUCCGAAUCUGUUCUCAACCUCCGAUUCGAUGAGAAUUACCUUAUAAGUUGUUCAAAGGAUAAAUCGAUCAAGGUCUGGAACCGCAAGCAGCUCCUUCCUACGGAUCCCUGCUAUCCAAUAGUAACCACGGCGGCGUCUGCUCAUUUCCCACAGCAUAUCAUCAGUAUGGACCAAGUGCCAGACUUGCAGCGCAAUCAUAUUGAACCUCUGCCGGAGUAUAGCUUGAUAAUGACCUUACAAGGACACACUGCAGCCGUCAAUGCGAUCCAGAUAUACGACAAGCAAAUAGUGUCAGCUUCCGGCGACCGAUCUGUCAAAGUUUGGGAUGUGAGGACUGGCAAAUGCUUAAAAACCUUUCAAGGUCAUACCAAGGGCAUAGCAUGCGUACAAUUCGACGGACGUCGCAUAGUCAGUGGAUCGUCGGACGAGUCUGUCCGUAUCUUUGAUCAAAGUACAGGCGCUGAAGUGGCUUGCUUGAAUGGUCACAAAAACCUCGUUCGCACAGUCCAGGCAUCGUUUGGCGAUUUUCCGGGAAAUGAAGAAGAACUCGAGGCAGAAGCAAGAAAGGUAGACCGGGAAUUUUUCGAAGCUCGAGACCGUGGAAUGCUUGGAGAAGAUAGUCUGUCCCGCGAUCGUCGUCGUAUGCGCAAUGCAGGAUCGAAAGAUCCCAAAGAUAUCUUUGCGUACGGAGCCAAGCUGCCGCCGGGUGGAGGCGGUAGUCGAUGGGCUAGAAUCGUUUCUGGAUCUUACGAUGAGAGUGUGAUAGUCUGGAAGAAAGAUGCAGAGAGCGGCAAUUGGGUGGUGAGCAAGAUUCUACUCCAGAACGAGGCCGUCAGAUCCGCUGGAGAUCGACCGCGGAACAGACCAACUCAACAACAUCAACAAGCGCAUAACCACCCGCAUGGACAGACUGGGCAACAGAAUCAGCAGCAGCAGCAGCAACAAGGCGGUGCACAAAACGCGGGCAAUGCACACAAUGCUGUCAACCAGCUUGUUGCAGUGCAAGCCAACUUCCAAGCCCUCGCCGCUCAAGCUCACGCUCAAGUUGCUCACGCGCAAAUGCUCGCUCAGCAAGCGCAAGCACUUCAUCAACAAGCAAACAAUGCACAAGCUGCUCAGGCUGCUCAAGCUGCCGCGAGCAACAAUCAAAAUGCUCCGCAUGGACUCGCCGCCACCAACGCGGCGCCCAAUAAUGCCACUAAUCGCCCCACGGCUCACCAGAGUUCUACACAGCAUGCGCCUGGUCAAGGUCAAUCAAGUGGCCAACCGUCAAGCCAAGCUCAACACUCCCAUAGUCAAUCUCAGACUCAGGCUCAGGCAACCCAAAACCAGUCUCACAAUGCUCCUGGGACUGCGAGUGCUGCAGCUAGUAAUAAUGCACCCGCCAAUGCACCAGCGCCUCAAGCCCAACCGCAUCACCAUCAUCAUAACCACAAUCAUGCCCACGGCCACGGUCAUAAUCACCACCACCACCAUCAUCAUCCGCUGGGACCGCUUGGCGUCCAACAGGGCACCAAUUCACGCGUCUUCAAGUUGCAAUUCGACGCUAGACGGAUCAUCUGCUGCUCGCAAGAUCCCACAAUUGUCGGCUGGGACUUUGCAGAUGGCGACGCGGACAUUAUCAGCGCAAGCCAAUUCUUCGGCGAGCUACAGUGA